ACACAGACAAACACAAGCAGACACAGACACACACACACACACACACAGGCCUGCUGUCUCUAGGAGGUCUGGCUGGAUGAUAAAUACCAGGAGAAGGCUGGAUAUCUCUGAGCUCUGUUCCUGUAAGCUGAAUCAAUAGCUGCUGACACGCACACACAGAUGCACACACACACAUACAUUGUCCGCAGUAUAGAGGAGGGUCAGUACAUUUCUCCCAUGUGGACGGCAGACACUAGUGUGAAGCUGACGUCACCAUACAUCACUGCAUGGAAAGUGGAGGGGAACACGGAAGAGACUGGUCGCAUAGAUCCAGAGCUGAUAGAGCGCUACAACAGUCCAGGGUUCGUAGGGUGUCUCUCCCGGGUCCAGUUCAACGGCGUUGCGCCCCUGAAGGCUGCCCUCAGAAACCCUGUGCCAGCCCUGCCGGUGCCGACGGCCAGACAGCCAGGCAGAGCCCCUGUGGCGGAGCAGCCAGUCUCGUACCAGGGCAAGCUAGUGGAGUCCAACUGUGGGGCGUCUCCUCUCACCAUCCCACCAAUGUCUGCUGCCACAGACCCCUGGAACCUGGACUCAGAGUUCCCCUUCAAUGAGGAGAGGGUGAUUCCAGGUGGAGUCAACAGGAACUCUGCUAUUAUCGGAGGGAUCAUCGCCGUGGUGAUCUUCACCAUCCUGUGCACGCUCGUGUUCCUGAUUCGCUACAUGUUCCGCCACAAGGGCACCUAUCACACCAAUGAGGCAAAAGGGGCGGAGUCAGGCGGCGGCGAAUCGGCCGACGCGGCCAUCAUCGGCUCCGACCCCAACCCGGAGGCCAUCGACGAAUCAAAGAAGGAGUGGUUCAUUUAACGCCCAAUGAGAGUGAAGAAGUAGCUCAUCUGGAGGAGGGUGGCGACGGGAGGUUGUAUCUAAUGACCAAUCAGAGGAGAGACGGAACGAGGGGUUGUCCAAUAGCAACCCCCCAGUGAGAUGGGGCUGGGUUGGGGUGGGAGGAGGGGAUGGGGGGAGGAUGUACAGAAAUCUGUUUUUGAUUAUGAGGACUAGAAGAAGAUGGAUGGCCAAGGGAGCACAGCAAAGAAAGACUGUAUAUCUGUACAUAGGAACUGGCUCGGCCUGCUUUGUAUUGUGUUUGGGAGUUUUCAGGAGUCCUUUGAAUACAGUAUAUAUAGAUAUAUAUAUAUAUACAGAAUAAUAAUAGCUACUGGAUCAUGUUCUAGCAGAGUUAUUGACCUUCCUGUUGGUUAUUUUUCUUUCUUCUGAGGACGAGUACAGGUCUGUCAGACGGUGUUUCUAGUACAGACAGGUGAUCUGUCAGACGGUGUUUCUGGUACAGACAGGUGGUCUGUGAGACGGUGUUUCUCAUUGUUCUGUUCUAAGCUGAGUCAUGCAGUUUUUGUUCCAGCAUCAACCAUGAGGUCUGGAUGCCAGCAGCCCCACUGUAAAUAUCUUAUAUAUUUGUCUGAAUUUAUGUUCUAUUGGGGGGCAGACAGCAACCAGACUGGUAUGUUCUGUUAUGUUACAUUACUAACCGGGACAUCACAUGUAUGAACGGAGGUUUAUGUUACUGUGACGAUAGAUUGUACCCACGCGGGAAUUACUUUCUGAGGACGGAUGGAAUGUCGAAAAGCAUGAUGGGAAAACAUGACGGCCCGUCUCUCCGUGUCAUCCUCCCGUCACAGCAGUUUGCUCCUCCUUUCAGAACGAGAGAACUCCACAGUGGUCAUCAUUUUGCCAAAAACACUUUGGUCUUACGUUCUUGGUUUCCCAGGUGGAUUGAAUGGAUUAUACUGUAUAAAGAUGACUGUUCAUCAAUCUACUGAGAGUAAACGAGAGGUAGAGGUUUUACAAAUGUUUUAUGUUGAAAUGCUACUUUGGGCGCUUUGUGUGAGGUCUUGGGGGUGUGGUCAUUCUAAAGGUCAUAUAGGUAGGGGUCAAAGGUGAGAUAUCAGUGAUGAAGGCAGUUCUAGAGUGUUAAUUGACUUAAUCCACUGUGCCUUCUGGAUUGAGUCACUUAGCCUUUCUACGGACUUAGAGCCCAUGAAGAAGAAACUAACAAACACACACCGAUACAGGCUUACACACGCCUACACCACACACAUGCGCACACUCACCUGAACCACAACCACACACACUCACCCAAUCCACAUACAUAUUCACACACUCGCCUACACUCACACACUCAUAUGCUCACCUACAUGCAUACACUCACUGGAAACACACACAAACGUAGACACACACA